AUGGAGGCUCAGACCAUGCAGGCCAAGCAGCAGCAGACGCAGCAGCAGCUACAACACUAUCUGGAGAAAGGGGUCCCGCUUGAGCCCUUCAUGCACCAGGUGGGGGGCCACUGCUGCGUGCUGCGUUUCGGGGAGCAGACUAUCUGCAAGCCCCUCAUCCCCCGAGAGCACCAGUUCUACAAGAGCCUACCCAGCGCCAUGAGGAAGUUCACCCCCCAGUACAGAGGUGUGGUAUCUGUGAAUUUUGAGGAGGAUGAGGAGGGCAACCUGUGUCUCAUAGCGUAUCCCCUGCAAAGUGACUCUGGGGUGGGGGACCUGGAGAAUAUAGACCCAUCGGUCAAUGGCGAGCCCAACAGCAAGAUGCUCCAGUGGGGCAUCAAGCAGCUGUCUGCCCAGAGUCUGCUGGACUCACGCAAAGACAAGGACAAGAGUCAUAAGCCCGAGGGGGAGGUGUUGGAGUGGCUGCAGCAGGAGGAGGUGCCUCUGGGAAGCAGAAACGCCAUCCAACACAACCCCUGGAGACUCAAACUCCAACAAAAACACCUGCAGAGGAUGAAGGAGAACGCCAAGCACCGCAACCAGUACAAAUUCAUCUUGCUGGAGAACCUGACGUGGCGUCACGCGGUUCCGUGCGUGCUGGACCUGAAGAUGGGCACGCGGCAGCACGGUGACAACGUGUCCGAGGAGAAGAAGGUCAUGCAAAUCCGCAAGUGCCAGCAAAGCACCUCAGCCUCCAUCGGAGUACGCCUCUGUGGCAUGCAGGUAUACCAGUCAGAUUCGGGUCAGCUCAUGUUCAUGGAUAAGUACAUUGGGCGUAAACUAACCCUGUCGGGCUUCAAGGAGGCUCUGUUCCAGUUCUUCCAUGACGGGCGGCGUCUGCGGCGUGAGCUGCUCUCCCCGGUGCUGCGGAGGCUCAGGGAGAUGCAGGCAGCUCUGGAGGGCUGUGAGUCCUACCGCUUCUAUUCCUCCUCCCUGCUCAUCAUCUACGACGGUGAGCCGCCCCGCACACACGCACGCAGAGGCCCCGAGGACGGUCUGUCUGAGGAGGAAGAAGAGGAGGAAGUGAAGAAAGAUGAAGAGGCAAGUGCGUUUGUGUUUCCCCGCAGCAGUAGCAGUGGUAGCACUGGUGGUGGACGUCUGGCAGCCCGAUCUGAUACAGGCCCUGGCCCGGCGGUGGACGUGAGGAUGAUUGACUUUGCCCACACCACGUGCCCUGACUAUGUGGAGGACAGUGUGGUGCACGAGGGCCAGGACAGUGGCUACAUCUUCGGUCUGCAGAACCUCAUCACCAUCAUAUCCCAGCUGGAGGACCACUGCACAGACUAAAACACACACACACAGUUUCUCUUCUCUCUUUUGGACUCAUAGAAGAAGCAGCACACUGGACUACAGAGGCUGGCCAUAGGGGCACACUGAACAUUGCUGUAGCCAGUUUUUCCACAGGAGUCCUUCAUUUGGGUGUUUUUGUUUGUAUCCAUAAGGGAUACAAAGGGCCAUGAAGGUUACAUUUGAAGAGACAUUUGCAAUCUUCUUUAGUUGACUCAGUGAGUUGUCGCCAUUAUCUGCUUACUCUGUUACCUAUUACGAAGUUGGUUAUUUUACCCAGUUAUUUAUUUUGGGAAAAAGGCACACAAGGAAGUUUGAGAUUAAGUCCAAGACUGCAAGCAUGGAUUCCAACUGUGUAAAGGUGCCUGCCUUAUGCAAGCACACACACACACAUGCACUUAUUUUGAUGUGUGCUACUGAUCGGGCAGAUGUAUUUGAAAAAGCAAACAGAGAAACUGCUGUAUGUGUGUGAAAUAUUAAAGUUGAUGAGAGGAAAGAGAAAACAUCUCAUCUUCCAUUUUUCUUCUAAACCAGUUUAUUUUGCCACCCUCUAUUCUUCUCCUUUUGCAUUCAUAGAAUAUACUAUGGUAUAUUCAGAUA